UACUAAAUAUUACUAAAGUUACAGUAAUAUUUCUGUACAUAUCAAAAUAUUGGUGUACGAUUUUCAAUCAUUUAGGACGAUUUUCAUGUUUUAUAUAAAAAUGUCAGUAGAAUUUGUACAUAAUUUCAAACAGUUUCAAAUCUACGAUUGUCAUAAAUGGUAGACUGUGUGGUAUAUGUGUACAAAUAAAAAGCUAAAUUAGGAACAGUAAUGGCAAUUUUUUAAAGCUUUAUUAUAUUCUUUAUAAUUAUAUGCUACGUAAAUACGUAUUCUCAUGUUUGUUUAAUAAAACUCGGUUAAGUUACUGCAACUGAAGACACAUGAAUUUUGUCAUUUGUUAAACGUCAUCAAAUUUGUAACAAGUCUCUGGCUUAGUCUUUCGUGAAAAUGGCCUGGUUAUCAGGUCUCGCAGACAAGGCAGAGAAUCUGUUAAAUAAAAUAGAUAAAAAUACCGCGGCAGUUUUAAAUAAAGAUAAAUAUGAAGUACCACAGUCUCAAUUAACAGAAGUUACAUGGAUUCCUCCUGAAUCAGGUUUUAACACGCAAGAAGGCACAGCUCUGAAAUCUGCUUUAGGAUCACCAAAGCAAUUUCCUUAUAUUCGUUCGCUACCAAAUCUACCUGUGUUGGCAACAAAUUCUGUUACAUCUGAAGACGAAGAACUUCUUACCUUCUUAAAUACACCUGACACAAGUCCAAAGAAAACCAUAGGAGAAAUUUCAGUGUCACCAUCAACACCUUCUUCGCUUAUGACUAUAGAUUCUGUAUCAGAAUUAUCGAUUCACAGUGGCCGUUCAAGUCCCAGCCUUAUGCAUACAUCUGUAGAUGUUCCAAAUGAUCCUAAUCGUGAUAAUGUAAAUAUAGAAAAUGAAGAUCUUUACAAGAAUGAGGUAGCGCAUAAUAAUGAAAUAGUAGGCAACCAAACUUUGGAGAUUGUGUUGGAUGAUGAACAUAGCAUUGUUGAGAGACAAUUUUAUACAGCACACCAAGAUCAUCAAUACAAAGAGAAACAAGAAAUUAUGGAAACGGAUAAAUUAAUAAAUUCAUCUGAUAAUAAGAAUAUAAGAAAGUACUUGAAAGAAGUAGAAAAGAAUUUGGAGGAGAGGAAUGAAUUACUUGGAAAACAAGAGACAGAUCAUCAAAAAGAAAUCAUUGUAUUGAGUGAGAAAUUACAAUCUUUGCAUACGGAAAGGGUGCAAUUGUCUAAGCAAGUAGCAGAAUUACAGUCUGCUUUAGAAAGAAGUAGAUCAGAAUUAAAUUCCACUAGAUCCGAUUUAGAACAACACAAAGCUAGAGCUUUGAAAACAUUACAAGAAAAAGAAAAAUUAAUAGCAGAAUUAAGAUGUAAUGAAUCUACAGGAGUGGAUGAUACAAUGAUCAUGGAAUUAAAUCAAUUGAGACAAGAACGAGACACACUCAGAGUAGAAAACCAACAGAUUUCUGAGCAGUUGAGAAUAGUGCGUGGAGAAUUAAUGAAUGCUGAUGUGAAAUUAGAAAAAAUGAGACAAAAAUCUACGGAAACAAAUAUACAAACUCAGGAAAUCGUUACAACAGAAAGACGAAGGAGAUUAGACGCGGAAGAGGAUGCAAGAUUACAUGCAGAUGAAAUAAGAUCGUUGAAAGAUGAGCUAAUUCGUCAGCGUAAUAGUUACACUACACAAUUGCAAAAAAAUGAAUCUGAAAUUGCUAAGCUGAAAAUACAAUUAUCUGCGACAUCGACACCCAGUAGCGAAGUAGAGUCGAGACUGGCAACUCUCACACAAACAUUGGUUUCAAAGCAACAAGCUUUAGAAAAUUUAACGACUGAAAGAAAUGCUUUAAGACUACAGUUGGAGAAAAUUGAACAUGAAUUUAGAAACAGUCGUCGUAAUCUUUCGUAUAAUAUAAAUGACACCGAUGAUGCGAAAGCUCAGGUACCGACAUUUUUAAUGGAAACUCCUUUUGAUACUGGAGUUACUAGAAGAGUAAAAAGAGCUUACUCUUCAUUAGAUGCAAUUAGUGUUCGUACAGGUGUAUUUUUGAGGAGAUAUCCACUUGCAAGAAUUUUAGUAUUGAUUUACAUGGCAUUACUUCAAUUUUGGGUUCUUGUAGUUCUUUUAUUGAAGUCACCAGAAGCACAUUAACAUUGAAUAUUUGAAUAAAAGAGGAUAUAAUUUCAUUAAAUCGUACAUGUUUAGGCUGAAUAGAGGAUUUUUGUAAAUAUAUUAUUGUGAUGGUAUGCAUAGAAUAUUGUUAUAUAAUCAGUAAUUAUGAUUACAAUUUUUGAAUACUCUCUUCAUGCUGCUAUGAGGUGUAUUAUAUAAUAUUACAAAGUUGUUAGAUGCAUGAACUACUUUUUCCGAAUGCAUUUGAAUGAUACACAUUUACAAAUAGCAUUUGCGGGAUGUGUUUCAUUUUAACUAAUGUAGUACAUCCAUUUGUAUGAAAUUAUUAUUAAUAUGGGACAAAAACUGUACAUUUACUGUUAAUAAUGGAUAAAAUAUUCUUAUUUGUUCAAAUCAUCGUUUAUUUUUUCACUAUACAGAAAAGUAGAUAUUAUAAUACUAUAAAGGUGAUAAAUAUAAUGUAUUUAGUCAAAUUUAUCCUAAAGAAGAAAAUAAAUAAAUAAAUAAUUCAUUGUA